AUGGUUCAUGUCAUCCAGACCAACCCGGAAUCGCCCAGUUUGUUAUCAGCAAAAGCGAUUUGUCACUUGGGUGACCCCAAUGCCACAUUUGCUCUGCACGCGGUUCCCGGACUGUUAACGGCUCAGUCACAUCCUGGCUCGGGACAACCGGGAACACAAUCCCUAUACAGCUCCAAUCUGUUCAAUUUGAUUCCGAAUCUAUCAGAUCACAUGCUUCGUCCGGAAGCUUGGCUUGGUCCGGCACAUUUUUCCCCUGCUGCCGCCGCUGCCGCUGCUGCUGCUGCCGCGACAACUGCGGCGUACAAUUCCGCAACAAGCACAUAUCGACAUGAAGGAAAUAAUACCAAUAACAACAGCAACAACGCCGAGAAAUUUGCCACCGAUCCGAGUCAG